UACAGGAGGAACCCCAAGGAUGUUGUGCACAUGCGCGUUGUGUCCAAUCCACCGGAGUGCGAUUGGUAGUGAAGGCAGUCCUAAUGGCGGAGAAUGUACGGUCGCCGUUUGACUACCGGGAACCACCUACCCUCGACAGCGACGGGGAUGGGAGCAAGCCGCCGCCGCCACGGGGGCGUGUGUGUGGGAGAAAAAGGAAGGGGACACCUGUGAAGGUGUGUGAUCGAGCAUAUGUAACAGAGGAUGAGGAGGAGGAGAGCAUGUCGGAGCACAGCUACAGCCCUGGUGAUGGUCAGUACCCAGAAGGUGCAGAAGAUGGCCUCCCUCCACCUGGAAGUCCCUACUACCUACCUGAUCCUACUCAGCUCUGCGUUCCUGAGUUGGGAGAGGAAGGAGCAAGUGGCGUUCGAGGGCCCGUGCUUUUCCACCCACCUCCGAACUGCCGGAUUCGUGAAGUCCACUGUGGGACGCAGGUGCGGUUGGUGGUCAUUGCAAUUCGAGACAUCGCCAAAGGGGAGGAGAUCACAGUGGACUACAGCCUGACGGACUGGGGAGAGAAUGCCCUGGAAGAAGAAGGUGGUCCUCACCCGCUGUCCCUCUCUGUCUCUGAUUACCUUACCCCUUCCUGGUCGUUGUCGCCCUCCUCCUCCCCCCUCACCCACUCUGAGCCCAGUGACUCAGACCGAGAAGAAGAUGAAGAGGAGGAAGACGAUGAUGACGACGACGACGAUGAAGAGGAGGAAAUCGAGGAGAUAAGGGGCCGGAUGCUUCGCCGCCGCAAGAAGCGCAAGAUGCCCACAGCGGUCAAUUCAAAGAAGAAGAACGCUUCCACCUCCUCCAGGGGACCGGGUCGCCCCUGCUCCUCCUUUUCCCGCCCAGCGCCUGUCACCCCCCCGACACGAUCUCAGCCCCCAGUCACCUCUUUAGCUCCACCCACCACUAACAUAAACAAUAACAUCAACAUAAACAUCGGUAGUUCCAGCAGUAGCACGACAAGCCGGCGGCAGCACUGCCCGUACUGCGGACGCAACUACCGCUCUCUAGCUCGCCACCUGGAGAAAUACCACGCCAACCAACCGGAGGUCCGAACCGCCAUGGAGAUGGCUCACGUCCACACCAACAGCUCUUCAAACGGCAACGCUUCACACCCUUCCUCAUCCUCCACCUCUGCUUCUCACAGCCAUUCAUUCGCUGUCCCUCAGCAGUCUGCCUCCAACUCAACGCAACCCUCUCUCUUCUCCAGGGAGCGGGAACCCACAGCCACACGCUCAAGCCCAGGCGGCGUCUCCUUCUCCUUGUCGCUUUCGCCUUCGCCGCCUCGCUCAGCUCAACCCCCACCUGCUAAGAAGGCGUCAAUCCAACCGCCUCCUGCUGCCAAACUACCCUCACCCCCGAUGGUGACCCGAGUCAAGAGCCCAUCGCCGCCGCCUCCUCCACCGACUCCCAGACGGGGCCGAAGAAUGAAGAAAGAAAAGAUCGAAGAGCAGCAAAAGGUGGAGGUGGAGAGCCCGGUAAACCCGGAGGAGCUGCUGCCACCUCUUACGCCAGAGCCGGACAUUGAUCCGGAAGAAGAUCUGGCGUUGAGCGCAGACGGGGAAGACGACGCGCCGGAGAAGAACGGAGAAGUUGCAAGCACACACAGACAACACAUGUCUCCACUGCUGUCCUCCUUGUCCUGUUUGGUGGUCUACCUCCGUCGGCAGCAGCACUCUGCUUUCCUCUCUUUGACCCGAUCUCCUAACUCCGCUGAGGCCUGGCGUCUGCUCUGUCACUCCAGCCUCUCCCUGCUCAUCCUCUACAAUCGACACCGGGAGUGUGAGGUGGCCAAACUCACCAUCCAGGACUACCACAACCGCAUCAACCCACAGUCCAGCUCAAACGCCAGCUCCCCCUCCGGUAUCGAAGCCCUGCUGUCCCCCUUUGAGCGCCACGUCCUUGGUAAUCUCCCUCGGGCGGGCGUUUUAGGGAAACGCGGUCGCGUCCAGCCGCUGAUUCUCCCACCUCAAUGCGAGUCCUGCCUGGACCUGCUUCUUCGCACCAGUCCAAAUGUGGGGGUGGACCCUGAGAGCCCCUAUGUUUUUUCCCGGCCCUACCACUCCCCCGCCACUCCUCUUCGUGGAACAGACCUGCUGAGAAACUUGGCUCGGGCCAGCGGAGCCAAGAAUGCCGGAGUUGUGACGGCAACGCGAGUGCGGCGGCAGGUGGCCAUACUUACCCAGCUGCUGCUGUUGGAGGAGGGCGAGGGUCAGUGUGGAGCCAUCAAACGGCUGGAGGACUUCCUGGAGAUGGAAUACCAAGUAACCCAGAACUGCUCCACCAUCAUGAGAGAUCCGGCACUGAUGGGCCGCGUGGGUCGUGUUGUUCUUUAUGGAGAGAAGGAGGGCGUGCUUUUCAGGGGAAUGAGCCUGCAGGACAUUUGCCUCGAGUUGGACGUGAUGUCUGGAAACUCGGCAGAUUCGAUCACAGACGAUUCUGAAGCAGAGGAGGAGAAAGAAGUUGUUAAGGAAAAGGUCGAGGUGCCGGUAAAGAAGAAGGGACGGGGCCGACCCCCUCGGAAGAAGAAAGCCCCUGCUCAUCCACCUUCGGUAAACCCACCGGGCGCCAAUAACAAGAGGAGGUCCACUCCAGUUAAGUCAGGAAAACGUGGCGUGCUGAAGCGCCCCUGGUCAGAGGCGGAGCGAGUGGCGGUGGAGACUCACCUCAACAGAAACCUCCUGGAACUGCGGGUUCCUGCGAAGGCAGACUGUGAACGCUGCCUGGAACUCUGCCCCCUGCUGGUGAGCAACCACCGAGACUGGAGAGCAAUCAAGUUCUACGUCCACAACCGCAUUCAGCUGAUGAAGAAGCAGGGGAGGAGGGAGAGCGCCAACGCAGUCAGCUAGAGGACGGAUCCGGCAGCGUAAAAAAGCACCAGCAGUGGAAAAACUGGCUCAAGUCACGGUGUCUGUUUUUAGUUGGUGUCCAGGUCUCGUCACCCUGGAUGUAAGGGACUAGUGUAAUAACAGUCAGUAAGCUAAAACGGACACGUGUUGAGGAUCAUUUGUACUCUUGUGUUUGAGGUUACCUAAUGUAUGUUUUGGGAUGCAUUUUAAUGGACAAUAACUAUCUGAAAGCAUUUUUUAAAUUGUUUUAAUGUUUACUUUGUCAGUGGAGUAAAAAUGGAGGACUUGUGAAAGAGCUGGUAAAAAGGCAGCAGCAAUCUGGGUCUGCUUUAAACCACCCGGACAUGCCACAGCAGACCAGUCCUGUCCUGAAGGCUGGUGACCAAACGUGAAUGGAAGCUUUCGGGGACGGUCCAGUUCUGGUUGUCCACAGGAAGACUACCUGGACUCGUGAACGUGCACAAUAUGUGUCUGAUGCUGACUUUGUGUCCCCUCCUGUAUUAUAAAAGUAUCAUUUGGUGUCUCAGACCACGUUGCACCUGUUAAGUGUUUGUUGCAUACCUCUGUACCAUGAUCAUAGACUAGUAUGUGUCUCGGCACACCUACUUGAACUGAGAAUCAUUUUUAAAGGCGACAUAUUUCUGAAUGGGUCUUAUUCAUAAUGUAAGUACUUCUUAAUCUAUAAAAGUAUACAGUAGUGAGUACACGUUCUGACUGUGUUGUGUAAAUUCUGUAAAUACUUCCUGUACUUAUUAAAGUGUCUGACAUUUUGCUGUUUCUUACAACUGGAUUGUUGAGUUUUACAAUGUGAAACAAGAAAUGACAAAUACA